UUUAUCCAGUUGUUUUGAUCAUCUAUCAAAAUUCCAAAAUUCCCCAAAUAUUUCCAAAUCCAUGAUGAAAUGAGAGAUGAAUUUCUCCAUAUCCCACAGCAUAAUUUAUGGACGACGGUAAACACAAAAUCAUUCCUAAGGAUUACUACAAGGUCUUAGAAGUGGAGUAUGAUGCAACUGAUGACAAUAUACGAUUCAAUUACCGGAAGCUUGCAUUGAAGUGGCAUCCCGACAAACAUAAGGGUGAUAUUGCUGUUACUGCCAAAUUUCAAGAGAUCAAUGAAGCUUAUACUGUGUUGAGUGAUCCAGAUAAAAGACUUGAGUAUGAUCUGAACGGGAAUUAUGAGAUUGACAAGUAUACUCUGGGGGAAUAUUUAUCGAGAUUCAAAGGAAUGAUACUUACCUGUAAUGGGCUUGGUAUUAGUCACACUUCAAUUCGGUCACAGCCACUGAUGGAACUUAAAGAUUUAAAAGAAAAGUAAGGUUUGGACUUUGGAGUGAUGCCAUUGUAUUUGUUCAUCUAUAUCCCACCUCAAUCCUUGUGCUUUUUGGGUAAGAAUAUAUUUGUAUGAUACAUAUACUGUUGCAUGGAAAGUGAUGCGCUGCUAUACUUGACGAGAAACAUCUGUAUAUUGGUCUCAUACUGUAAGUAGUAAUGCUAUCUAUGAUUUCUUGUAUAUGCUAGUUGAUAGAUGUUUGUACCCUGUAUUUGUUUCUUUUUCCAGAUUAAGAGAAAUCAUUUUAGCAUUA